AUGGCAACAAUCGGCGAUAAUGCAUGCAUACAAUUACAGUUUACAGAUGCUGGUGACACUACGAUGGCAACAUAUGGUAGCGGUGGUGUGAUGCAGAGGACGAGGAUAAAAGAAAAUUUGGUCCUCCUAUUGAAUGAGAUAGUUGAUUAUUCCAAGGUAAAAAAAAAUCAAAUUCGAAGGCCUAGACGUCGAAACUCAUUCCUCUUCACAACCAGUUGCUCAACUGAUGUGUCAAUCACCAUUGCCACUGACCACAAUUACGGCAAUAAGCAAGUUAUCAGUGUUACUCAAACCCUAUACGACUACUUGCUCACCAACGUUAGAGAACCACCCAUUCUGCGACAACUUAGAGAGGAGACUGCAACAAUGCGUGGGAGUCAAAUGCAGGUAUCCCCUGAUCAAGCGCAACUACUUGCAAUGCUUGUCCAGAUUCUUGGGGCUAACAGAUGCAUUGAAGUUGGGGUCUAUACUGGAUACUCAUCAUUGGCUGUUGCAUUAGUCCUACCAGAAUCAGGAAUCUUAGUUGCUUGUGAGAGGGACAUCAACUCACUCCAGGUUGCAAAGAAGUAUUAUCAACAAGCCGGAGUUUCACACAAGGUGGAUGUAAGACACGGAUUAGCUGCCGAUACCCUAAACUCAAUGCUAGAGAAUGGGGAGGGAUGCAGCUAUGAUUUUGCUUUUGUUGAUGCUGAGAAAAGAAUGUAUCAAGAAUACUUUGAGUUGCUGCUUAAAUUGGUGAGAGUAGGUGGUGUUAUAGUAAUUGAUAAUGUGCUUUGGCAUGGAAAAGUUGCUGAUCCCAUGGUUAAUGAUAAGAAAACAGAGAGCAUAAGAAGUUUCAACAAAGCUUUAAUGGACGACAAGCGUGUUACCAUUAGUAUGGUGCCAGUUGGUGAUGGCAUGACAAUAUGUCGCAAGAGAUGAUUUCUUUGCUUCAAGAAACAAUUAUCGAAUCAGAAAAGACAUAUCCACAGUAGACUAAUGUGUUCAGAUUAAGAUUUAAAAAACACGCCUCAUUUUUGUAAUUUGUAGACUGGUAUAUUGGUUAUUUUAUUCCUUCUAGUUCAUGAAAUGAUGAGA